AUGCAUGCCCGAACCAUGUUUCUUUGCCGGAUUUGCCGGCUUGUUUGCAUUGGCUCAUCGUCUCUCCACUUUGCUUGUGCGAGUUUGCCCAGUGCGGAAGUGGAAGCUUUGUGCGAGAUCUUUCAAGUAGCCAAGUUCCCUUGGGACGAGGGAAACGAUCCAUGUGCGCUUCGUCAAGUGAGGUGCCACGACAACCGCACUGUCAGCACUUUAUUUUUCGCUCAGCUGAAUAUCACUUCACUCCCCGAGUCCAUUGGACAGCUGAGAUCUCUGGAGUGGCUGAUUUUGAGCCACAACCAGUUGACUGAAAUACCUCCUUCGAUUUGGGAGUUGGAAUCAUUAGAGAUGCUGGAUUUGAGCGGAAAUCAGCUGACUUCACUUUCAGAAUCAGUGGAGCAACUGCGAUCACUCAAGUCCCUCUUCUUGGCCUCCAACAAGUUGGUUUCUUUGCCCGAUUCCAUUGGACAUCUGCGAUCUCUAUCGAGUCUGGUCUUGAAGAACAACAACCUCACCAGACUACCUGAUUCGAUUGGACAGCUGGAGGGACUGAUUGACUUUCUCCUGCAAUCAAAUCAACUAACAGUUCUGCCGGAGUGUGUUGGACAGUUGCGGCGGCUGUCGUUUCUGAAUCUCAGAUUCAAUCAGUUGACUAAGCUGCCAUCACUACGGGGGUUGCGAUCGCUAGGGAUUUUCGAAAUAGGCAGCAACCAUCUCACAUCGUUGCCUGAUUCGAUUGGAGAGUUGCAAUCACUCCACAGGCUUCGGUUACAAUCCAACAAACUCACAUCUUUGCCCGAGUCUAUUUCACGUUUGCAGCGCAUCCGGCAGCUAUAUGUGCACAACAACCAGCUGGCUGCACUUCCUGAUUCCAUUGGAAAUUUAGCAGCUUUGGAAGUUCUGACUUUGGACUCCAACCGUUUGAGUUCAUUGCCUGAGUCAAUGGGAAAACUGCAUUUAUAUACCUUGCAUUUGGAUUCUAACCGUUUAACGUCAAUACCUAACCUAAGCACCAUAAACUUGCUGACACUGAGAGCUGCCAAGAACCGUCUAAGAGCUUUGCCAGACUUUGGCAACAUGCCUCGGCUGCAAUUGCUGUCUUUGCACGACAACUUUUUGGAAAGACUUGCCCAAAGCAGUGGUAGAUUGACACAUUUGAAAGUUGCGUUGCUACAUUCCAAUCGAAUCCGUGACUCAGCGGAGAUUUGCAAACUCGGACUCGGUGAUUGUUUGAAGACACUCUACUUGCAUCGCAACGCCCUCAGCGUAAUACCGCCUUGCUUGAGCGACUUGAGUUCUUUGGAGAUCCUGACCUUACACAGAAAUUCAUUCACUGGAGAAGUGCCCAGAAGACUCGUGGAGCUUCCGAAUUUGAAUGUCCUCACCCUCCAUGAAAACCGACUGCAUGGUAGCCUUCCACAAGAGCUUGCAUAUGCAUCAAGCUUGUUUUUCUUUUCUGCACACUCCAACCAAUUGGUGGGUCCAAUUCCACCGUUGAGGAUUCACAAAGAUUGCGUCGACGAUGAAUCCUUCCGCACGGACCGGAACACAUGCUUUUAUUUUUCGUUGCUUGACCCUGCGCAACGAUUGAGAACCUGCCACACCAGGCCAGAGGUUGCAUCGCAUUGUCCAAAGGCAUGCCAGAUGUGUAGUACUGCCAGUGCACGGGGUCCUGUGCUGUUGUUGCACGACAAUCGGCUUGCAUGCAGCUUACCGGAAGAAGUGACCAAAUGGCCCGAUGAUAUGCGUUCGAUCACAUUGAUUGGCAACAUGCUGGGGAAUGGAAGCUAUGCAUUGCCGCAGUGGAUACACACUGAUGAACAUCAACCUUUUCUCUACCGAUCGGACAACAAGUCCAAUGAAAUUUUGAAAAGGACGCUGUUGUUGGCAUCAAUGUUUGCAUUGUGCUGUGUGCUUCUUUUGGGAAGCAGCGGGCAUCGCAGAAUUUUCACUUCGAAAGCAGGCUCAGAGCUGACUCAUCGAAUACACGUGUUUCUCUUUCAGAUGGGUGUUCCUCUGUCAAUUCUGGCCGUAAUUCUGUUUGCCUUUUACUUUGCAGAUGCAAGAUACUAUGCUUGUAGUAGCGGCUUUUCAUCCUCUACGCUGAGCAACUUUUCGAUCCCUCACCAUGGCUAUGCAUUGGUGGAAUGGUCUGUGGCAAUGCUAUGGACUUGUUGGGUUGUAGUUGGCGCAUUCUUUUUGCGACACGCUCCCACUCCCACUGCGUCCGGGGGAGAAGAGACAGCAACAUCCUGCUUGGGUUUCGUUCUGAAAGUGAUCUACAGUUGCUGUUGGUUGUGCAUUGUGGCCCUAUUAUCUUUCCCCUCCGUGGCAUAUGCAGUGGUGAGCACCAUCCCUUUCAACAAUACCCUGAAGCUGUCGGCUUGGUGGCUGAAGUUUUUUCAUUACCAAGCUGCUUUGGUCAUGGUCCUGGUGGACAUGUUUAUCACACCCAAACUGGUGGCAUUUUUUUCAGAUGCCACUGGCAUGCGCAGAUCGAUGUUGUUGAUGGCUGCGCGUUUGGGGACAAUGUGGUUGGCUGCGGUGCUGAGCACAUUCUAUUUGACCACUCACUGCAUGAACGGCUGGACCCAUUUGUGGAAAGUUUGCGAUGAAAGCACAGAAGACUACAAGCUCUUCAACAUCAGUCUGGGUGACAACACGAUUCUUGAGCCCAAAGCGGACCUGUGCUCAGCAAAGGAGUCUUGGUGGAGUGACAGUGCAUGUCCACGUGCCGUGAUCAAUACCAUGGCACCUUUGUUGGUGUCGAAGAUGGUCACCCGUGCCUUCCUACAGCCCAUCAUCACCUUGCUUAGGUGGCAAAUGUCGUAUCUGGAAGGAGGACAGCUCUACAUGUGGCGCGGUCUGAUUUGUAACAGUCGAUCCUUGGAAGAUGGCCAGCAAGCAAGUUUGCUGGUGACUUGGGCUGAAGUAGCUUUGCUUUGGGGAGCCUUGGUGCCUGUUCUGCUGCCAGCGGUGCUCAUUGCAACAGGCACAAACAUGUUGAUGUGCAAAGUAGGACACAGCCACUUUGGCGUGGAACACUUGAUGUUGGACAAGACAUCAGCUGGAAUGUCACGCAGGUAUUUGCACGGCAGUUUGAGUGUUUUGAUCUUCUUUCAGAACUGGUUCGCAUGGUCCAGUGGCAUGCAUGGCCGGUGGUUGCUCCUACUUGCUGCUCUGAUCUACGCCCUUGAGCUGGUCGGCUUUGUCGGAUUACCUCUUCAAAAACGCACUAGGGUAGCCAUUCUAGAUGACCCUCCAGAUCCUCCUACCGAGAUAUGA